AUGACUCAACUCUUGAAGAGACAACCACCACCCCAGACAUAUGGGAUGGUUUCAUUUCCAGCAUCACACGUGAUGCUAGUAAUCUUCAACCGACCCAAAGCCCUGAACUCCAUGACAAGCAAUGGCCAAUACGAACUGGAAUCUCUAUUCGCAUGGUACGACGGAGAGCCCUCACUACGCUGCGCUAUCGUCACGGGCGCCGGCCGCGCCUUCUGCGCCGGAAUGGAUCUAAACGAAUGGAACCAAGCAAAUGCGCGACGAGCACGGGGCGAGCACGAGGCCCAGCCCAUGAUGCCCCGGUCAGGGUUCGGGGCAUUAUCCCGACGGCAUGGGAAAAAGCCUGUGAUUGGGGCGGUGAAUGGGUUGGCUUUCGGUGGGGGGAUGGAGAUCGUCGCGAACUUGGAUUUGGUUGUUGCGGCACGAAGCGCCAAGUUCGCUCUUCCGGAGGCGAAACGAGGUGUCGUUGCUAUGGCUGGUUCGUUGCCUAGAUUGGCGAGGACAAUUGGUCGCCCUCGAGCCACGGAGUUGGCACUUACUGGGAGAAGUAUUACGGCAGCUGAGGCUAGAGAGUGGGGGCUUAUCAAUCUGGUUACGGAGGACGCGGGAGAUGAGUGUGAGAUUAUGGAGAGGCCGGUUGUCAAGGCGGCGCUGGAGUUGGCGGCUAGUAUUGUGGACAAUAGUCCCGAUAGUGUGAUUAUCAGUCGCGCUGGAAUUGUUGCUGGGUACGAAAAUGGGAGUGCUGAGAAUGCCAGUCGGCUCUUGAGUGAGAACUGGGAAUCUGCGCUUGAUGAGGGACAGAACUUGCACGAAGGUGUGCUAGCGUUCGCUGAGAAGCGAUCUCCGAAAUGGGUCGACAGCAAGCUGUGA